AUGGAUGUUACCGGACACGCUUUCGUCAUCGGAGGCAGCGGGAUAGGCAAGGCGUGCGCUUUGGCCUUCGCGAAAUACGGCUCGCGCAGAAUCGUCGUCGCGGAUAUCAACCUCGAGGCCGCCGAAGCCGCUGUGGCCGCGUGCAGGGACGUGGCGCUGGAUGCAACCUUCCACGCAGAAGCUAUCGCGAUCGACGUUACUGCUGAAGAGUCGGUAAAGGCGGCGAUAGCACGCGCGCAAGAGGUGCUCGGGCGCAUCGACUACUGUGUAAACAGCGCCGGUGUCGCCGUUCGGACGGCUUGCGAGGUGGCCGAGGCUAACGUCGACGAAUUCGACGCCAUGCUUCGGGUCAACGUGGCUGGGCCGUUUUUGGUUACGCGCGCCAUGUCGGCCGUUAUGAAGUCUCAGAGCCCAAACCCCGUUGACCCGUCCUCGCAGAGUCGCGGGGUCACCCGCGGCGCCAUCGUCAACCUGGGCUCGGCCUCGUCAUUCGCCGCGACGCCCAGGAUGAUCCAGUACACGACAGCUAAGCAUGCAGUGGCCGGUUUGACAAAGAAUGCCGCACUCGAUAAUGCGGCUUACGGGAUCCGAGUGAACAGCGUGUGUCCGUCUUGGGUCGACACCCCGAUGGUUCGCCAGGCGAUGGUGGACGUGCCCAACUUGCGGGACAUGAUCGAAACCUCGGUCCCAUUGGGGCGCAUAGCGCUCGCGGAAGAAGUGGCCGAUGCGCUCGCCAGGCACAUCACUGGCCACAACGACGAGGGCAAGUCGGUCUUCCUGAGCUCCGACAAUGGUGACCACUACCGAAUCAUGGGAGAGAAGCAGGCCGUUGCCAACAUCCUCUACUCGACUCGGGAGACGCCUGUCGAUCUAAACGACAACGUAGAUAUCGAAAAGGCCAAGAGCCAAGAGCCGCCGCUGCACUACCACAACGGUACGGUGGUGCGCAUGAUCGACUUCGCGCCCGACGUGGAGUCGCCAAUGCACCGUGCCGUGUCUCUCGACUACGGCAUCGUGGUGGAGGGCACCUUCAAGCUGAUCCUCGACUCGGGCGAGGAGAGGAUCAUGCACCAGGGAGACGUGAGCAUCCAGCGGGCGACCGCGCAUAAAUGGCACAACAUCUCGGGCAACGGCACCCAGCCGGGGCGCAUGAUGUGGAUUCUGCUGGACUGCAAGGACGUCUACGUCAAGGGCAAGAAGAUGGAGGGCUACCUCGGGGAGCUCACCCAGUACUACGAAGGCCGCGAGCCCUAA